CGCCCGUAGGCAGUGUACAAGCAUGGCAGGCGCCAGGGGCAGAUGCCCGUGCUAGGUAGGGGUUGUGUGACGAGGGGUUCCAAUCGACGAGUUGUCAGCCCGGACCGUCAACCUUCAGACAUCCCAUGUUCCAGCACAGCAGAUCUUGGGGCACCUAACUACACCUUCCCAGACCUCCUCCUUGUGCAAGUUUCGGGACUCUUUUCUUCCUCUUUCUCCAUCUAGCGAUAUCUUCUUAUUCCUUGUAAAUUAUACGGUUCAGCGAAAAGGUUCUAAUCACAGAGUACACCUUGCUCCUUCCAACUUCUAUAUUACUCGACCGCGAAGCCUACUACGUUUCCAAAGUCCCGCCUAAGGGACCAUCAUAAUCACAAUGGCGACCAACAAUAUGCACAACUUGGUCACCUUGAUCAAGAGACUUGAGGCGGCCACCCUCCGUCUGGAGGAUAUGGCUUCGUCCACCAUCCCCCCUAUUGGCUCCCAGGCCGUCAUUGAGCCGGCUUCCUCCGCCCCCUCCGCCCCCGCGUCCACUGCUGUGUCCACUCCUGCACCCGCUGCCGCAGUACCAAUUCCCGAAUCUGUCGAAAAGUUCGACGACUUCUUGAACCAAACUGUUCAGAAAUAUGUUAAGACCAGCAAUCUUAUCGGUGGCUUGGUUGCUGAGCAGGCUGCGAGUGUCCUCAAGGGAUUUGCCGAGACGCGCAAGUUCCUACUCGCCGCCUCCCAGUCCAAGAAGCUCGACAUGAACUCGGUCGAUUUCCAGGAGGCUAUCAAGCCUAUCAGCGAGGCCAUCCAGGCCACUCAGGAAAUCAAGGACAAGAACCGCGGUUCUCCCUUCUUCAACCACCUCGGCAUGGUGGCCGAUGGAAUCAUGCUCCUCGCUUGGAUCACUGUUCAGUCUAGGCCUGACAAGCUCAUUGAUGAAAGCCUGUCAUCUGCCGAAUACCUGGGCAACAGAGUCAUGCAGGCAAACAAAAACACUGAUCCCCAGCAUACAGAAUGGGUCAAGACCUUCUACCAGAUCUUCAAAGACUUGUCGGAAUAUGCCAAGGAUUACUACAACAACGGCAUUGUGUGGAACCCUAACGGCAAGCCUUACAAGGAGGUCGUCCAGUGUCUUGAAUCCGGCAGCGCUCCCUCGGCACCUGCCGCGUCUCCAGCCCCGUCCGGAGGAGCUCCUCCUCCGCCACCUCCUCCUCCUGGACCUCCUCCGGUACUCAAGAUUAAUGAGCAGAAGGCGGAACCGGCCCAACCGGGUGGUUUCAGUUCCGUCAUGUCUGAGCUCAACAAGGGCGAAGCAGUUACAAAGGGUCUCAAGAAGGUCGACAAGUCGCAGAUGACACACAAGAACCCUUCCCUCAGGGCAGGAUCAACCGUUCCCGACGGACCAGCGGCACGGUCCAAGAGCCCUGCGCCGCCUGGAACCAAGCCGCCCAAGCCUGAGAGUAUGCGUGCGAAGAAACCUGCAAAGAAGGCUCUCGAGGGCAACAAGUGGAUUAUUGAAAACUACGAUGCUGCCGCUGGCAACGUUGAGAUCGAGGCCUCCAUUUCCCAGUCCAUCCUCAUCAGCAGGUGUAAUGAAGUCGUCAUCGUCGUCAAGGGCAAGGCCAACGCUGUCAACAUUGACAACUGCGACAAGGUGUCGCUUAUUGUGGACACUCUUGUUUCUACUGUCGACGUUGUCAGGUCCAAGAACUUCCAGCUCCAAGUCAACGAGACGAUCCCCACUGUGCUUUUGGAUCAAGUCGAGCAAGCCACAAUCUGGCUGAGCAAGGAGAGCAUCUCGACAAGGGUGUUCCAGAGCAAGACGGACAACGUCAAUAUCAUGGUUGUGGACGAGAACGACGACUCCAAGGAGCUUCCUCUUCCUUCCCAAAUCUGCUCGUAUUACGAUCCCGAGAAGAAGGAGCUUAUCAGCGAGAUCGUUUCUCACUGUGGUUAAUUCAUAUUUGGUCGCUGCUUCGUCGAGAUUGUCGGAAAAAGUGAGUAGCUUGAUGCGAGGUGGCGUUUGGUUCUGAUCGUGAGCGUUGUUGUCACAUAUUCUCCAAUUUACAUAAUAGCACGCCUUGAUUUGAAUAUUCGUGGAUGGCAUGUUCUGAAGCGGGCGUGAAAUCAUCUUCAAUCCCGCAGGUAUGCCAACUCGACAGUACCCAUCAUCAUUUUCAAGAACCAUAUCAUCUCAUGACGUUCCUAUUUCAAUUGAAAAAAACGCCGAACACCUUUGCCUAUCAAUGACAAAACUUGGCUGUUUAUGGCAUGUCUCUCUGUCUAGACCAUUUCCGCCGUAGUACUUUUCUCAUCCAUAUCUAUGACCCACCUAAAAUCAUCUCUACCUGUUUCCUAGACACAGCAUCAAUUCGGUUUUUUAACCUUUCCAGUCCACCAGACUAGAUUUUGUACACUAGCUGACCAUCGG